GGUAUCGCCAUUUUUCAUGAAAAUACAAAGACUAACUAGCCUUUGGUCUGAAACUACUAAUUUUUCAUGGUGAAAAAUACUAAUUUUUGUGUAAAAGGAAUAAAGUUUAUAUUGGCCAGCUAUACCCCAGUUCUCAUUUUGUGCAGCUUUUUUCCUUAAAACAAAUUUACCGCCAUAAUACAUUGUCUGUAGCAUCAAAAAAUCUGUGAGGUAUUAUGACUUCUGCCUUAAAAAAGCUUCCUAAGAUAUGGUGUCCAACCUUAUCGUCAGUUAAAUGCUUAUUCAUUUUGCCAUCCUUUCCAAGCUCCAACUUCUCUGUUCCUCUCCCAGAGCUUAGGAAUCGCCGCGAAAUUUUUACGAACAAACUGAACAUUUUUACUAAACAGCUGCCAAAUAAGUCUUCCUGUCACAUAGUUAUAAUACCAGCAUCAGAAAUACAGUAUAUGGCAUACCAUGUUCCUUACCCUUUUCACCAAGAUCCUAACUUCUUCUACUUCACAGGAUUGAAUGAACCGAAUGGAGUUUUGUUAUUUUGCUCAAGUAAAACGGGAGAAAGUCACGGUCAAAAUAAUUUUAACUGGUCGACUCAUCUGUUUGUGGAGACUUUGAACAAGCACGCCGAAAUAUGGAAUGGUCCAUCUUUGACAUUAUCAGAAGCUUCUUUGAUAACUGGAGUUAAUGAUUCUCAUUCUUUGAAUGAUUUUAGUAAAUUUUUGGACCAACAAGCUUCGUUUACAGAAUCCAUCCAUCUUUGGUAUAGUCCAUUGUCAUCCAGAAAUUUUGUUGAGCGCCCCUUAAAUAGGUUCAUUUUGAAAACUGUUUUAAAAUUUUCCCAGGAUAUUAGCAACAAAAGCAUCAGUUUUGAAAAUCCAGAUUAUAUAAUCGACAGUAUUCGCUUUAUCAAGUCAAAUUAUGAAAUUAAACAGAUUAAAACUUCGGUUAUUGCAUCCAUUGAAUCUCUUAAGUCGGCCAUGCAAAUCACAAAACCAGGAAUAACGGAAACUACUUUGCAAAAUCAUAUAGAGUACCAAAUGCGCAGCCGAGGCUGUUCUGUUGGAUAUCCUCCCGUUGUUGCUGGAGGUAAAAGAACAAAUAUAAUUCAUUAUAUGAAAAACAAUCAAAGGAUUGAAAAUGGAGAAUUGGUUUUAGUGGAUGCUGGGUGUCGCUUUAACGGAUACACAUCCGACAUUACCCGAACUUGGCCAGUGAAUGGAAAUUUCUCGGAACCCCAGAAAGUUGUACAUGAAAUAUUAACUGAUGUGCAAAGUUCAUGUGCUUCUUUAGCCUCUCCUGAGCAAAGUCUACAAGAUCUGUAUCACCAUAUGCUAUCCGAAAUAGGACGACACUUAGUAAGUGAGGGGAUUAUUCCAAAUCAGGAUAUAAUUAAUAUUGCACAAAAGAUAUGCCCACAUCAUGUUGGACAUUACCUUGGUUUAGACAUCCAUGAUACUCCGACGAUACCCAGUACGAAGCAUCUUGAAGCAGGUGUCGUGUUUCCUCUAGAACCAGGUAUUUACUUCAGAGAAGAAUUAACGAAAUUUGGCGUUGCGAAAGACUUUUUGGGGAUCGGUAUGCGAAUAGAAGACGACUUCGUCAUGUCAAGAAGUGGCUAUGCUGAGAAUUUAGAACUUGCCGAAAAUGACAUAUUUCUGGAGGAAACCUAAACUUCGUGUGGAAAGUUGUUGAAUAUAUUGAUAUAAAAACUAUGAGUUUAAUUCUUGCAACACAGCCUCUUUGAGUAAUGUGAAAGUUCAAGACAAAAUUCCCUCCUCUAAACCUAGUCUACAGAGACAUUGUAUCUAGUUUUAUCGAACCGUUUC